CAUAUUUCGUGUUCUAUUUGAUCUCAUCAGUUCAUCUAUUGCGAUGAAGAAUGUUUGCAAAGUUGUUUAACAACAAUUUCACUGCGUUACAAAUGGCGAUAUCUAUUUUGGCACUUAUUCUUAUCAUUUUAUCACUAGUAAUAGCAUUAAAUUGUUAUGUAGAAUGUUGCUGCAGAGGAACGGAUGAUUUAGAAAGGUGCGAAGAAGAAGAACAACAAUUCCUUGAUAAAGAAUACUAUGAUGAGAUUUGUACAUUGCUUUAUCGACAUAAUCAGAUGGAAAUCAAACAAAUGGGCGAGGAUUGGGAGCUGAAGCGAAAAAAAGAGACUGACAAGGAAUCCACAAGGCAUGCAAAGUUACUGCAAGAAACACCUGGAGCCAACUCCGAAAAGUGUCUUCUUUUGAAGGGUGAUUUGGAGCCAUUUAAAAUUAAUCACAGCGUUGAGGUUGCUUCUCUUAAUUAUUCCAAAAUGUGCCGCAACUCCUCUCUAAUUUGAAUGUUUACACC